CUGUCUCCAUCUCUCCCCUCCUCCGUCCCCGCUCCCCUGCGCCUCCUCCCAACCCCACCCGGCCACCACCCCGCCCCACCCUGCGUGCCCGGCACGUGCUCCUCUCCCUCUUCAACCCUAACUCCGGUGACUACCCGAACGCGUGCGCGCGGACCACCGGGCAGGCCAAAGGAGCCGCCUUUUCAUUUCUUCCUUCUCGGGAGGAAGGGAGGGAGGGUUCUUGGGGACGCGCAUGGACCAUGGCGGCGGCAGCGGUGGGGGUGGAAGUGGAGGCGGGGGCGGGUGCGGAGCGCCGUCGAGCAGCAACAGCGGCGGGGGAAGCGCCGGGGGCACGAGCGGAAGCCGUGGCGGCGGCAGCGACCACCAUCCGCACCACCCAUUCUACUACGCAGGCCCAGCGGAGCCCAACAACGUGCAGCAGCAGCCGCAGCCGCAGCAGUUCAUUGGGUCGCUCGCCAUAACACCCGUCGUCACCGACCAGGCCCCGGCUUCCUCGGCGGAGAAGAAGGCGGUCGCGCCAGUGACUCCAUCGGCCGGCGCACUGGCGAAGCGGCCAUCCAAGGACCGGCACACCAAGGUGGAUGGCCGGGGAAGGAGGAUACGGAUGCCGGCUCUGUGCGCGGCGCGGGUUUUCCAGCUUACGCGGGAGCUCGGCCACAAGUCCGACGGCGAGACCAUCGAGUGGCUGCUGCAGCAGGCGGAGCCAGCCAUCCUCGCCGCCACCGGCACCGGCACCAUCCCGGCCAACUUCUCCUCCCUCAACAUCAGUCGCGCGGCCUCCGGCACCAGCCGCCCCGCGCCAUUCCCCGCCCUCGCGCUCCACCCCCACCACCCCCACCACCAGUCGCCGCACCCGCAGCACGACAUGUCCACCAUGCUGGGUUACCACCACCUGCUCCCGCCGCCGCAGGAGCCGCCCCAGGACGCAAAUAGCCCCGGUUCCUUCAUGAGGAAGCGGUACCGAGAGGACCUGUUCAAGGAGGACGAUGAGCGGCAAGAUCCUAACGCGCCCAAGGCGCGCGAGCAGCAGGCGGCGCCGCCCGCCGCAAUGUGGGCCGUGGCGCCGAACAGCGCGGCCCCUGGAGGCGCGUUCUGGAUGUUGCCCGUGUCCGCGAGCCAGGCUGCCGCGGUUCGGCCGACCGAGCAGCCUAUGUGGUCUUUCGGCGGCGGCGGGGGGAGCAGCACCGUGCAGGCGCCGCUGCAGUUCAUGUCAACAAGGGUGAACUACCCCGGCAGCGCCGGUGCGAUGGGCGGCAUGCCCGACACCAACAUCGGCAUGCUUGCUGGGCUCAAUGCUUACGACCGCGGCGGUGGGGGCGGUGGAGGUACGGAAGAAGAGCAGCAGCAGCAGCAGCAGCAGCAGGAGCAAGACCAGCAACAAGAAAUGGAGCAGCAGCGCGACGGCAGCGGCGGGGGCAACGAAGGCGAAGAGGACGGCGACGACGACAGCGGCGGAGAAGAGGAAGGCCAUCGCGACAACAGCUCACAGUAAGCAAGCUCGCAUGAUGAAAAACUCUGAAUCCACCAUGUUCAUAUCGCAAUCGUGCUAGUGGGGUGGGCUAGAAUCGAAUCCUGGGAUUGGCCGAGGCCAUCAUUGGACUGCUCACUGCUGGGUUAAGAAGAAGAUUGCAGAAAUGGAUGAUGGAAAGGAAGAAAGCAACUGAAUGCAAGAACAAGACUUGUUGCUAGUCCUUAGGCCUCGUUAUUUUUGGUGGUAUUUUUUUGUCUGUUUAUUUUAUUUUCCUUGUUGGAUGGAUUGAUCCGUGAUGAAUGAUUGGCAUGUUUAGAUGGGUGCGAUGAUUGGUAGUGUUAGUGGGUCCCGACUCAGGAGGGUCCAGGAGGAAGAAACCAGUUUUAUUUGUACAGUUGAUCAUCUUGAUUUGUGCUGCAACUUCGGUUCUUGUUUUAUCUUUCACCAUUGUUUUCAUGUGCUGUAGUUGCACUAGCACAAUUUUA